AUGACGUUUUAUUCUAUAUUGCUUCCAACUUAUAAUGAGAAGGAAAAUCUACCUUUAAUGAUAUAUUUGAUAGAUAAAUACAUGAGUAGCAAUUCAUAUAAAUAUGAAGUUAUUAUUAUCGAUGAUAACAGUCCAGAUGGUACACAAGAAGCAGCACUUCAGCUCCAAAAGAUUUAUGGCUGUGAUAAGAUAGUUCUAAAACCGCGCAAAGGAAAGUUAGGACUUGGAACUGCAUAUGUUCAUGGUAUGAAGCUACAAAAAUGCAUGGAUUAUGACAUUGUUACUGGUACGCGUUACGCUUGUGGUGGUGGCGUGAGUGGAUGGGAUUUGAAACGAAAGAUUAUAAGCCGGGGGGCCAACUUCCUUGCGCAGCUCAUGCUACGUCCCAGAGCUUCAGAUUUGACUGGCAGUUUCCGACUUUACAAGAAGGAUGUGUUGGCUAAGCUCAUUGAAAGUUCCGUUUCACGCGGUUAUGUCUUCCAAAUGGAGAUGAUGGCCCGCGCUUCAGUCAUGGGUUACAAAAUUGGAGAGGUUGGAAUUUCAUUUGUUGAUCGACUUUAUGGCAAAUCGAAACUCAGUGGCUCUGAAAUUGGGCAGUAUGUGUCUUGUCUCCUUCGUCUGUUCUUUACCAUCUGA